AUGAGACGAGUUCAAUCGCUUGAAUUUAAUAAUAAUAGUUAUUCAUCAUCAUUACAACAAAAUAAAAAAGUAUCAUUACCUUCGACGAACGAGACAGAUUUUGCACCGAAAUCUUCUUAUCGUUGGCUGCGACGUUCAACAUCGAAUAGGGAUGAUCGAACGACUGUUGUUCCUAUUACAGUAUUUCAAGAUGAAAUUCCAAAUUAUUUCGGGUCGACUAUGCAAUCGAUGUGUCUUGCUGUUUUUACACUAGCUUAUGCAGAGAUAAUCGAUGGUGCUGUUUUUUCUGGUAAUUCAAUGAUUGCACAUGCUUUUCUAAAGUUUUUAACUAUUCUUUGUAUUGGCAUUGCUCUUGUUGCUGCAUUUGCAUCUAUUCGAGUAUCUAUUCUCACUUCAAAAACAUGUGAAACUAAUAUAAAAAAUGUCAAUUCCGAUUCACCAAAAAUUUAUUCUACAUUAGCUAGAUUGGGUUCAAUAAUAGCGGCAGUUGCAUGCGGAAUUAUUAUCUGUGUUUUUGCUGCAGUUUCAUUGUACGUCCUAUUUAACGGAAGAGCAGCCUAA